AUGUCAUGGACUUUCCUCUAUCAAAAACGUUCCUCCAACCAAGACAUUCCUCGAACCAAAAACGUUCCUCGAAUCAAAAAACGUUCCUCCAAAUCAAAAAAGUUCCUCCAAACCAGAAACGUUCCUCCAACCCAGAAACGUUCCUCCAACCCAGAAACGUUCCUCCAACUUAGAAACAUUCCUCCAACCCAGAAACGUUCCUCCAACCAAAAACGUUCCUCCACCAAAAACGAAAAGAGGACCGACGAAGAGCUUGUGGAAGUGGCCAUCGAUCUUUGCAUUAAGAUACAGGAAAUCCAUCAGAAGAAAAUCAUUCACCGCGACCUGAAGGAGGACAACGUCCUAGUGGACGCUAAAGGAAAGGUGCACGUUAUCGACUUCGGCAACGCCGGUAUGGAGGGUGAAAAGUGUUCCUAUCGUAGAGCAAGUUGGUCCCCCAUGUGGAUGGCCCCCGAGGUCUUCUCCGUCGUCCUGAGCCAUCCCACCCAAGACGUAUACUCCGUCGGGUACUUGCUCAAGACAAUAGCCGAGGUCAUGGAAUCUCCAUAA